AUGGCGACCACAGAUGACUCGUCCAAUUACCUGAAUUGGCCAGAUUCUACAGAUCUACUGCAGUCUAUCUUGUCAGCGGAGUUUGUCAACUUGCCUUCGUUAGAGCUUUUUCCAUCUCAACCAAUGCUCCCUUCCGCAGCACUACCUUCAGACCCAUCUCGCAAUUCGCUUGGAUUGAGCCUAAGGGAUCAACAUAGCCCUUGGCUUGGAGGCGAGAAUGUCGUGCAAAAUUUGAGCCAAAUCAUUAACAACACGUCGACCGAUAUCACCUCGGAAGCGGAGAAUAUUGGGAUUACCAGUGCAUUUCUGGAUGGCUGUCUUCACAUGUUUUUCACCGAAUUUGUGCCGUCGUUUCCCGUUGUACAUGCACCAACUUUCGUGUUCAAGGACUGGACGCAUCCCCUGCUAUUGAAUGCGAUUGCACUGGGAUCUCUUUUUGUGGGCAAGAGCGACUAUGCCUCCAAUGUACAGGAUACCGAAAAGUCUCCCAAAAUUCUUGAGCAUCAAUGGAGAACUUGGGCGGCGAAAGAGACCAAGAUCCGAGCUCUGCUAGGGCACUACAUAUUAGACGGUCAGAUUUCAGAAUAUAGUGGUAGACCAACGUCGCAGCGACAUACAACUCACACUCUACCCAUGGCUUCAACUGAUGCUGCAUUUCAAGCACUGAACGCUGGUCAAUGGCAGCGGGACCACAAACCAGCAUUUAGGCAACAUGCUCCUUUCUUGAGACUAUUUUCCUCACUAUUCUCUGAUCAUAUGCAUAUACGCCAUCUGGGUCUUCCCCCUUCUACUUUCAAUAUAUCUGUCAUUCUGGAAGGUCUGAAGUCGUUAACGACAGAGAGAUAUCCGGCUGGACUGAAGCCGGUCGGUGUUCCGUCGCAUCUCGAUCUGGCCCGAGCACGGAGCAGGCUUUAUCCUUUUAUAUCAGGAAACACGAUAAUGUCGCCAGCUGCUCAAAAGACUAUCCUGAUGAGGUGGCAUGCGAUCAGCGCCAACGCAAUCUUCAAUCUAGGUGAGCUCUGUCGGAGCAUCUGUGGCCAGUUCAAUAUCAAACAACAUAUUUUUGGAAGACAGGAAGAGGGCUCCAUCGACCUUGAAACCUGGAAAGAUACCCCUCAAGCCCACCUCGCAAUCUUGCAUGCAAACAAUAUCCACCAGCUUCUACGAGAAAUGCCAUUGAUGGGGGUCCAGACAAUUCAUGUACCAGUGGCAAUAUUCGGGGCUGGUCUCAUUUAUUGUGCGUUCAUGCUAGCAGGUAUAACUAGCAUUUUUAUACCUGACGAUAUCAACUGGGAGAGUGUAUUGUUGAUCGACCUGGACGCGGAUAUCCAAUGCUCAGACGAUGACCUUGACAUCCCGGUGCGCCGAUUUUUGCGAGACCCUCUACUCCAUAGAAAUGCGAAUAUGCAUCUGCUUUACGAUAUGAACUUCUUCUGCAGCACGCUAAAGAAGCUAGAGCAGCCCUGGGGAGUGUCAGCUAAUAUGUAUUUGAUUCUCCAACAAAUGCUGUCACUAUGCUCAUGCUCAUAG